AUGGACGCCAUUGAGCACGUGUGCCGCAUCAGCCGCAUCCUGCGCCAGCCUCUGGGCAACGCCCUGCUGCUCGGUGUGGGAGGGAGCGGGCGCCAGUCCCUCACUAAGCUGGCAUCACAUAUUUCAGAUUACGAGUGUUUCCAGAUUGAGCUGUCGAAGAACUACGGUCAGACAGAGUGGAGAGAUGAUCUUAAAAGCAUAAUGCUGAAAGCCGGCCUUGAGAACCAACAGAUCACCUUCCUCUUUGUGGACACACAGAUAAAGAGUGAGUCAUUCCUGGAGGAUAUCAACAACAUUCUGAACUCCGGGGAUGUUCCCAACCUGUAUGCGUCGGAUGAGCAGGAGCGCAUCCUGGCAGCCAUGAAGCCAGUGGUGGAGGAACUAGGCCAGCAGCUGACUAAACCCAACCUCAUGGCCGCCUACAUCAGGAGGGUCCGCAGCAACAUCCACACUGUCCUCUGCAUGAGGUAUUAG